UGUUGCUUCUAGAUAAGUAAAUAGAUAACAAUCGGGUGGUAUGCAAGUAGAUGCUUUUUUCGUUCCCUGCCCCCUUGCCACCUGUUGAUCCGAUCGGAGAAGUUCCAGCCCCCUUGCCCCAGUCGGAGAAGGUCCAGUCCCCUUGCCGUCCAGCCCCCUUGCUCCUGUUGAUCCGAUUGGAGAAGGUCCAGAUCUUAUCGGUAUCGAUCGUAGCCAUCUAUCGCAGCCAUGGAAGUGAAAGUGAAUUUGUGGAACGACAAAAGGGAGCGGGAGAUGUACGAAUCCUUCGCGGAUCUCUACGGUAUCAUCAAGACGACGGAGAAACUCGAGAAGGCUUAUGUUCGUGACCUAGUCUCCUCCUCCGACUAUGAAUCGGAAUGCCUCAAGCUCAUUGCUCAGUUCAAGACCCUCUCCUCAUCCCUCCGCGACGCCGUUCCUUCCAUCGAGCGCUUUGCAGAAGCCUACCGGAUGGACUGCCCCGCCGCUCUCAACCGUCUCCUUGUCUCCGGUGUUCCGGCCACUGUCGAGCACCGCUCGUUCUCCUCUACAGCUAACGCCACCUCUGCUGCUGCAGUGGCCGAGUGCGUUCAGCACUUUAUUACUGCGAUGGAUUCGCUCAAGCUGAAUAUGGUUGCGGUGGACCAGGUGCAUCCUCUACUUGUUGAUCUCUCCUCCUCGCUUGCGAAGCUUGGAACAGGAAUUCUGCCCUCGGAUUUUGAGGGGAAGGCAAAGAUGAGGGAGUGGAUAGCGAGACUAGCGAAAAUGGGAGCGGCUGAUGAGCUAACGGAGCAGCAGGCGAGACAGCUGCUCUUUGAUCUGGAGUCAUCUUACAGUGCAUUCAUGGCGGCACUUCCCAAUGGCGGCUCGUGAUUUUAUCGCUCUGGUUGGCACAAUAUUAGAGGCAUUUCUCAAGUCAGUAUUUCUUUACCAGCAGUUGAGAGUAAGCAUAGCAGUGGUUUAUAGAAUGAGCGAGAAAACGGGGAAGAGAAGCAAUGAUUGCAAGCAACCCCAAAUUAUCAUUUAAAUCUUUUGUGGUAUCAAUGAUCCAUAUUUAAUCUUGUUUUCAUAUUGUUUAUUUUUUCUUAUUGUUGUUUUAGUCUCUCAACUUUCUUUGUUCUUUAAGUUAAUGUCAUAGGUGUCCUUAUAAGAGUGUUGUAUUUAUGCAUUGAGCCUUGUCUGAUAUAAGGGUGAAGAAAUGUGAAGAAAGCAUUCUUUGCAUUGAGACUGCCUGUACAUGCAAGACAAGCCUUAAAAGCUAUAUAUAAGCUUGUAUUGAUUUCUAGUUGACAUAGAUUUAUCUGUAAGUUUUCCAAAAAAAUUCUUCUG